UAUUAAUUGCCAUAUUCUCGGAUGCUUGCAGGAAAAGAAGAAAAGCCACCUCGACUUACAAGAGUAAUCUCACUUUCAAGCUUAGUCUAAUCGCGGUAAUCUCGAGAGCGAACAACUGCCCGAUUACUUAAGGAGCUCCUUCUCCGACGCCUUCAAAAUGAAAGAGCCCCCCAAAGUCUAAAAAGGAAAGAAGAUCUUACCUCAAUAUGCCUUUGGCAAUUCUCUCGAAUCACCUUCCUUCUUCCGUAAUCCCAACACUCUGAUUUGCAGAUAAAGCUAUGACAAUCCAUUCCUCAAAGUCAGAGCUAAACCUCACAGCAAAUGGGAAACCCUGCGAAGUAGCACUCUCAACAAUUUUGAAUUUUAUAAUGUCUCUGAACAGAAAUUCGCCAAUCUCCCAAAUAAAGGAUACAAAAAUGUCAAAAUAGUAAAGUAGUAUCUUCAUCCAUCAUUUCUAGUACUGUAACUAAUCAAGUGCAUUAUGUCCAAACUCCUCAAAUUCGAGGGGAAGAACAAACUUUUCAACUUGCCUACAAAACUUUGCAAUAGAAAACAGGUCUUUUUGGCAGAAAGAAUGGUAUCCCUCAUAUCUAAACAUGUGAUAGAAUUGUUCACUGAUUUCAUUGAGAAGAAUGAUAAUCAAAAUGUUUAUGGCCAUUUGAAUGAUAGACAAAGACCAAAAGGACGUUUGAGAGAUGUCAAGAAUUACAGUUUCACGCCUUAGGAAUUCCAAAUUUAUAAAAAAAGGUCCAGCCACUAUCUCAAUUCAAGUCCUAGCAAAGGUCUAUAAAAAUCUGAAGUGCCAAUUUUCAAUUAAAACCAAUAAAAAAAAGAUCAUUUAGUUGAAAAGUACUACUCAAGAGACUAAAGGUAUAUUACUCAUUCUAAUAUAGUUAUCUCAACUCGCUUAACAAUUCGAUUAUUAUAACCUAAAUAGAUAAGCAAUUAAAGAGAAAGUAAUAAGAUCGAUAUAAGUAUUUAUAAGUAUAUAUGUGAAGUGCUGAUUUAAAGAUAUUGGAUUACAGAGAAAACGAUAUUGAAUUGAUUGCCAAAUUCGAGGAACACUUGGAAUUUGAAAAAUUAUAUGGAAAUUGA